AUGCUCAAAUGUCGCGCUCCUGGUAUUUCCCGAAAUUCGCGCUUCGGAAAAGAAACCACGUUCUACUGGAUUUGUGGGGGCGUUCAGGGGCGCGUGUGCCGCCACCACCUUGCUCUCACCGCUCCUCUUCUCUCUCCAUCCUGCUCCACCUCUCUCCCACUCUCAGGAGUGGACGUGUCAGUGAUAGGCGCCUUCAGAGGCGCGUGUGCCGCCAUGGGCUUCGCCGCCACCUUCCUCUCGCCCAUCAUCAUCACCCGCCUUGGCCUGCUGCAGGCGGGCGGAGCAGCGCUGCUGUUCCAGUCGCUCGUGCUGGCGGCGUCCCUGGCAGUGUUCGCUGUCUCUCACUCCAUGCGCCAUAACCACUCGCUGCUCCUCGCCUUCCUCGCCCUCAUCGUGCUAUCCCGCCUGGGCCACUGGACGUACGACGUGGUGGACGCACAGAUCUUCCAGGUGGCCAUCCCGCCCGCGCAGGCCAACAUAGUGGGCACCACGGAGGUGGCGUUGGCCAGCCUGGCGGAGCUCGUCAUGCUGGCCCUCGCCAUCGCCGCCCACGACGUGCGCCACUUCGGCCUCCUCGCCGCCCUGUCCGCUGCCGCUGUCUUCGCUGCGGCCGCCAUCUACUGCGCGUGGGAGCGGUCGGGCAAUCAUCAUCGUAGGAGCCUCUUUCCGCCCGAGCCACGGCUAAGGUGGUGGCCGUGGGGCCGGCGCAAGAGGAGAGGCGGCAGGGCGGGUGGUGGGAAAGGGGCCAGGGCAGGAGCACCAGCUGCACCAGCUGCUUAA